AUGGAGGACGUCGCAGCACCUCCCACCACGGCUCGCCAGCCGAAAAAAAGAUUUGUCGGACGCCGCACCGCAGACGCCCAGACCCAAAAUGAGCCUUCAUCAAACAGCGACACAACUGUCCAAAAAGCAACCACCAGAAGACCCCCGCGGACACUCAACCACAUCCCAGCCGAAAUCUCCUCCAACCCCGACAUCCUUGCAGCGAUAUCCCUCCUCCCAAAGAACUACUCAUUCGAAAUUCCCAAAACCAUCCACCGCAUCCGUAGCUCAGAAGCCAAACGCGUAGCCCUGCAAUUCCCAGAGGGUCUGCUCAUCUUCGCCACCACGAUUUCCGACAUCCUCACCGAAUUCUGCCCUGGCAUCGAGACGCUCAUCAUGGGCGACGUGACAUACGGCGCCUGCUGCGUUGACGACUACACGGCGCGCGCGCUGGGCUGCGAUCUUCUCGUGCACUACGCGCACAGCUGCCUGAUCCCCGUCGACGUCACCAGCAUAAAAACCCUCUAUAUCUUUGUCGACAUCACUAUCGACACCACACACCUCCUCGCCACGCUCGACCGCAACUUCCAACCGGGCAAAACCAUCGCGACAGUCGGCACAAUUCAGUUCAAUGCGACGCUGCAUGGCCUCAAACCGGUGCUCGAGCGUGCCGGCUUCAAUGUCCUCAUCCCCCAGAUCAUGCCGCUCUCAAAGGGGGAGAUCCUAGGCUGCACAUCCCCGAAACUGGACGAGAAGAAUGUCGAUAUAUUACUCUAUCUCGGCGACGGGCGAUUCCACCUUGAGUCGGCCAUGAUCCACAACCCUUCCAUCCCCGCCUACCGGUACGAUCCCUACUCCCGGGUCCUGUCCCGCGAGACGUAUGAGCACGAGGAAAUGCACACUCUGCGGCGCACAGCCAUCAACUCAGCAAAAUCAGCGCGCAAAUGGGGGAUAAUCCUAGGCGCACUGGGACGACAGGGCAACCCGCAUACAAUGGCGCUAAUCGAGCAGCAACUCCAAGCCCAAAACAUCCCCUUUGUGAACUUACUCCUCAGCGAGAUAUUUCCGGGCAAACUGGCAGCUAUGCCCGAUGUCGAGUGUUGGGUGCAGGUGGCCUGUCCGAGGUUGAGUAUUGAUUGGGGGUAUGCGUUCCCGCGCCCGUUGUUGACGCCGUAUGAGGCGCUGGUUGCAUUGGGGGGAAGGGAAGGGUGGGAGGAUGGCGUUUAUCCUAUGGAUUAUUAUGCCAAAGACGGUUUGGGACGGACAAGGCCGGGGCAGAGUGCGGUGCGGGCGUAG